UCAAUUUGUACUUUAGCAUUUGAAAAAAGUGCUGUGAGCGUGGAGUGGGGCUGGUGGAGAGUGAGGCGAAUGUGCGGUUUUGAAACCAGAGGACCGUAAGUCCCUCUCCCUCCAAACGAGACCGUCCCGCGGGCUCUGCGGCCGCCUCUGGACCGUCCGGAGAGAACAUGGCGGCGCCCGGAGCCCGGAGCUGCAGCCUCUCGGGCCUGCUCCCGGCUCAGACCUCGCUGGAGUACGCUCUGCUCGAUGCCGUCACCCAGGAGGAGAAGGACAGCCUGGUCUACCAGUAUCUGCAGAAGGUGGACGGCUGGGAGCAGGACUUGUCAGUGCCCGAGUUUCCGGAAGGAUUAGAAUGGCUGAACACAGAAGAAUCUAUUUCUGUCUACAAGGAUCUAUGUGGAAAAGUGGUUGUCCUUGAUUUCUUCACCUACUGCUGCAUAAACUGUAUUCACCUGUUGCCUGAUCUUCAUGCAUUAGAGCACACAUACUCUGAUAAAGAUGGUCUUCUGAUUGUUGGUGUUCACUCGGCUAAGUUUCCAAAUGAAAAAGUCCUGGAUAACGUUAAGAGUGCUAUUCUUCGAUACAACAUCACCCACCCUGUGGUUAAUGAUGCAGAUGCCAGCCUUUGGCAAGAACUAGAAGUUUCCUGCUGGCCAACUCUGAUCAUACUUGGACCCCGUGGAAACAUGUUGUUUUCUUUGAUUGGAGAAGGACAUAGAGAGAAAUUAUUUUUAUAUACUUCAAUAGCUUUAAAAUAUUACAAAGACAGGGGACAGAUCAGAGAUAAUAAAAUUGGAAUAAAACUCUAUAAAGAUUCUUUGCCACCUUCACCAUUGCUGUUUCCUGGCAAAGUAACAGUAGACCAUGUUUCUAGUAGAUUGGUAAUAGCAGACACUGGACAUCAUAGAAUUUUGGUCGUCUGGAGGAAUGGACAAAUUCAGUACAGCAUUGGAGGACCCAACCCUGGAAGAAAAGAUGGAAUGUUUUCAGAGUCAACUUUUAACUCACCACAAGGUGUAGCCAUAAUGGAUAAUAUCAUAUAUGUGGCAGAUACAGAAAACCACCUUAUAAGAAAGAUUGACCUAGAAGCUGAGAUGGUGAGCACUGUAGCUGGCAUUGGAAUUCAAGGUACAGAUAAAGAAGGUGGAGCUAAAGGAGAAGAACAGCCCAUUAGCUCUCCUUGGGAUAUAGUUUUUGGAAGGUCAGGUUCAGAGGUCCAAAGAGAUGACAUUCUGUGGAUAGCCAUGGCAGGGACUCACCAGAUAUGGGCAUUCCUGUUGGACUGUGGCAGAUUACCAAAGAAAAAUGAGUUAAAAAAAGGAACCUGCCUUCGGUUUGCUGGAAGUGGAAAUGAAGAGAAUCGAAAUAACUCAUAUCCUCACAAAGCCGGUUUUGCCCAACCUUCAGGUCUUUCUCUGGCCUCAGAGGAUCCCUGGAGCUGCCUGUUUGUAGCAGAUAGUGAGAGCAGUACAGUGAGAACCGUCUCGCUGAAAGAUGGAGCAGUAAAGCACCUCGUGGGAGGAGAGAGAGAUCCUAUGAAUUUAUUUGCUUUUGGUGAUGUUGAUGGAGUAGGAAUCAAUGCAAAGCUUCAACACCCACUUGGAGUAACUUGGGACAAGAAAAGGAAUUUAGUUUACGUGGCAGACUCUUACAAUCACAAGAUUAAAGUUGUGGAUCCAAAAACAAAAAACUGUACAACAUUAGCGGGAACUGGAGAUGCAAGUAAUGUUAUCGGUUCCAAUUUCACCGACUCAACUUUUAAUGAACCAGGAGGCUUGUGUAUUGGAGAGAAUGGUCAGUUAUUAUAUGUGGCAGACACCAAUAACCAUCAAAUUAAAGUGAUGGAUUUAGAAACAAAAACAGUUUCUGUGCUCCCAGUCUUCAGAUCUGAAAGUGCUAUGGUGGACGGCCCAUUCCCAGCAGAAAAACAGAAGACCUUACCCAGACUACCUAAAUCUGCUCCAGACAUUAGACUUUCCCCGGUGGCUGCAUCUCCAGGGCAAACUCUUCAGUUCAAGCUAAGAUUAGACCUCCCAUCAGGAACAAAGCUAACUGAAGGAGCACCCAGUUGCUGGUUUCUAUCAGCUGAAGGCAAUGAAUGGCUUCUUCAAGGACAGAUACCAUCUGGAGAGAUAGAGAGCAUUUCCAGUCAACCAACAAUCUCACUGCAGAUCCCCGGGGAUUGUUUAUCACUCGAAGCCGUUCUCUCUAUCAGCGUAUUUCUUUAUUACUGUAGUGCAGACAGCAGUGCCUGUAUGAUGAAGGGAAUUUUGUUCAGUCAGCCUUUACAAAUAACCGAUACACAACAAGACUACAUACCUCCAGUAGAACUCAAGUAUAUAUUUUAGCAAGCUGGCUAGCAUCCCCGUGCCUCCUGUUCUCCAUCCCCACCAUCACUGUGUAAUUUAUGAAAAGAAACUUUAUUUCUGCCUCUGGGUACCCAGAAAGCCAUUGUUGAGUUCUAGCAACUGAUACUAAAAUAAAGCUAGGCUCCUUAUUUAUUUAUUAUAGACAAAUUCCUUCCUUCUCACUGUGUACCAGCUAAGUCAUUGACCAUGAUUUGAACCAUGAUCCUGUAAUCUGUGCUGCUAUUUGGCACAAGACCUAAGUCCACAUUAUAGGACAGAAUAUUAUCAUGAGAUAAUUUGCAGUGAAUACUGAUAACAAUAAUGAUACCAAAUUUUUUUUUUUUUUUUUUUUUUUUGCGGUACGCGGGCCUUUCACUGUUGUGGCCUCUCCAGUUGAGGAGCACAGGCUCUGGACGCGCAGGCUCAGCGGCCGUGGCUCACGGGCCCAGCCGCUCCGCGGUAUGUGGGAUCUUCCCGGACCAGGGCACGAACCCGUGUCCCCUGCAUCGGCAGGCGGACUCCCAACUACUGCGCCACCAGGGAAGCCCCGAUACCAAAUAUUUUAACUAACUUUUUUACAUUUAUCAAGCAGCACAUCUGAAUGUGUAAAUUGCACAAUAACUUUAAACAGAGUUAAGAUCCAGUCCACAUAUUAUAAGGACGCCUGCCAUUCAAGGUGCAAGUUCUGUUUUAGGCCCCCAAAAACGUCUUUUCAUCACAGUAGCAGCUUAAAGAGUACCUAGGUGGUAAAAAUGUUCUUUGUUCUCUUCUGCGAUUUUCUCAUUUGAGAUAUAUUUAUUCAGUCUAUUUUAAAUUAUUUGCUAUUUUAACAUACCAUUAUUAAUGGUAUGUUAAAUAUUCUGUACGUUUCAAUAUACAGAAAAUAUAUUUCUAUAUUUCUAAAAGUUAGAGUCUCUAAGGACAUACAGGCUCACUCCUUUAACUUUUUUCUGAAUGAACAGUCUUACCAAAUAACGGAUGAAUCCACAGAAAUGUUAUGACUUUCGAGGAGAAAGGAGGGACUUUGGGACACAUUACUGUCUGUGAUACCACUUAAAGAACUGUGACACUGAAUCUGAUGCAAAUGGGUAUGUAUGUUGUCUUAGAAGUUUACAUUUCAGUUGAAGCGUUAAAUGCAGAUGUUGUUGGGUUUGGGGGUUUUUUUGGUUCCCAUAUUCAGAAUUUAAAUUAUGAUCAUUUAUUGUGAUGUUUUUAAAAAUUACUGUCAAGGCUUCAAAGUGAAAAUUUCAAUGUGAAGUACUUUCAUGCUAUUAAUAUGUAUAGUAUAUCUUAAUAUAUUACUUUAAAAUAUUAAGGCUGAAACAUACAGUGAUUUGAUGACACUUUUUUGGUGGGGUUUUUUUUAACCUUAAAAGAAAUAGUCACCAGAAGAUAUUGAAAGGUUUUUUUUAAUCAUAAUUUCUCUUUAUAACUAUUUUAAAAGCCUCUGCUUGUUUUUACUAAAACUGAUUCAACAUGUUUGUGGUUUAGUCAGCUUAUAAGAUUUUUAAAAACAGGAGAAUCAUAUUUAUUCAGUAAAUAUUUAUAGACAAUAUAGCAUAAUAUGCCUUCUCCCUUCAAAACCAGUGCUCAAUUUGAAGUGUAAUUUUUAAGCAUGAUCAUCUGCCCAUAUCUUUAUAUUUUUUUGAACUAUAGUUUUGAACAUACUAUUCACUUCUUUUAUUCAAGUUACCUAAAUCUGAAGUAAGGAAAUGCAUAGAUCAUGACUUUCAUUUAAUUUGUAGCC